AUGAAUUUUAAAACAGAUCUGUGCUAGAACCAGCAAAGAUGACAUGUCUGCAGUAGUGAUCGAGUGAGAAAGUCACCAAGUGACUGAGUGAACCUAAAGUGAAGUGAAAUUAGUGAUUUUUGAUAAGAUAUGAAUAAUAAUGAAUGUGCCGGGCAAAUUUAGGUGGAUUUUAGAAGAAGAUCGACUCAAAGAAAAGGAGAAGAAAGAGCUAGAAAAGAAGAAACUGAAGGAGAAACUGAUAAAAGAAAAGGAAAUGAAGGAGAAGGAGAAUGUACAGGCUGAAUCUAAAAUCAAGGAGAACUCCAAACUCAGUUCUCUACGGAGACAACACUCGGAAGCAGCGCUACUCCGACAGAGAUCAUGCUUUAAUGUUCUCAGUACUGUCGGAGAGUCCGGAGAAGGGGAUCAUCUAGUUCAAGUUCUACUAGAAGAUACACCGGGAGCAGGAGGAGGAUCAGGGACGGAGAAGGAAGGAGGAGCGGAGAAUGAAGGAGGAACGGAGAAGGAUGAAGGAUUGGAGAAGGAAGGAGGAGCGGAGAAGUGUAAAGCUGGAGAUGAUAAGAAUGAUGAGGAUGAAGGGGAGCGGAUGGAGGCAGAUCUGGAGGUUGCGAGGAUAUGUUCGAUGAAAGAGGAUGAGGAGGUUGGAGAGGUUAAAAUGAGGACGAGAAACCACUCUGUAACCGGAGUGGAGCUGGAGAAGGGUUGGCCGAAAAGACGGCCGAGACUCUUCCUAGGACGGAGCCGCAGCGCAUAUAUUCGUCCUGUUACAAGACCUGGAGGGAUAACUUCGGGAUUAAACAUUAAUCUCUAUCUUAUUCAGACCUGUAGGGAUAACUUCGGGGAUUAA